UUAGUUAUAUCUUGCAUUUCAAUCGGAACGGAGUUGCCUAAGAAGGCGAGCCCGGCGAUCUGAGAAGAUUGGAAAAAAAUCCUAAAGAUUAAAAAGAAUAUAUACUUAGUAUCUUUAGUAUAUAAAAUGCAUUCAAUUCUGUGGUUAGUGGUUCUAAUAAAUGCGUGUGAUGUAUUUCUAACGGAUAAAACAUACGCAGCGCGAUUACAAGAAAAAUAUGUGUGGAAACAGAUAGCCUUCGCGUGGCCAUCGGAUGGAGAGGAACAGAAUGCAAUAGCAACAGGACGCUACAUCCCGGAAAAUAAUGCGCCCCUUAGUAUGGAUCUUUGGGGUGACAAAGUUUUUAUAACAAUUCCAAGAUGGAAAUCUGGCGUAGCUGCAUCGCUGGCGUACAUUCAAUUACCAGAUGACAGCAGGUCUCCAAUCCUUCAUCCUUAUCCCAAUUGGGAAUCACAUGAUAUGGAAAGGAACUUCCCAGAAGUCCCCCAAGUUCAAAAACGGGCUGCCAAUUUUAAAUGUUCCCAGCUAGGAAACUUUCUCAGUGAUGGACCGGAACCAAAAACUGUGGAACUCUCAACGAACAUAGUUUCCCCAUACCGAGCAAAAGCGGACGAAUGUGAUCGAUUGUGGGUCCUAGAUUGGGGACGAGAAAGACUCCUUGAGAAGACACGGAGACAAGUCACGUUACCCACAAUCAUUUUAUUUGAUCUCAAUACGGACAAAGUACUGCAUCGAUAUACCUUCCCGCAGGACCAAGUGCUGAAAACAAGCGAAUUUGUGAACUUUGCGGUUGACAUAUCGGAUCGUGAAUGUGGGAACGCCUUCAUCUACGUUGCAGACGUAGUAGGCUACGGCAUGCUGGUUUACUCUCUCAAUGAAGACCGGUCGUGGCGCAUCAAGCACAACUACUUCCAUUUCGAUCCUCUGGAAGGCAAUUUCUUCAUCGGUGGAAUAAACUUCCAAGUACCUGAUGGGAUUUUUGGUUUAGCCGUUGGCAACCAGAAACCAGACAAAUCCAAGAACGUCUACUUUCACGCUCUAUCCAGCACCAAAGAAUUCGUGGUGUCCAACAAAGUUCUGCAGAAUGAAACUCGCGCAUUGGACAAGGACUCGUACUAUGAUUUUAAAAUGUUGGGUGAUCGAGGAUUUAACGGUCAAUCUAACGUACAGAUUUUCGAUAAGAAUACAGAAAUUAUUUUCUAUUCGCAAGUAAAUAAGGAUGCGGUCGGAUGCUGGAAUAGUCGAAAGCCUUAUACACCAGACACACAAGGAUUGGUUGAUUCGGAUUCGGUUACGUUGGUUUUCGUUAACGAGUUCUUCGUUGAUAAGGGUGACAACCUAUGGGUGUUGUCAAAUAAACUGCCCCAGGUCCUUUUUACCAGUGGUCUGAAUGCAUCGGAAGACAAUUUUAGGAUAUUGGGGGGAAGGAUCUCUGAGUUGAUCAUCGGAACGCCAUGCGAUUUUGUUGAUGAUUCAUUUUAUUUGCAAUAUCCUGAUCUAUAAAUUUAUAUUUAUAUGUAUUUUGAUCUAGUGUACAUGCAUUUCUCACCCAUAUUUUAAACCAAUUUGACCAUUCAAACAAAUGGACACAGAAAGAGCGGUUUAAAAAUUUUGUAUUUCCAGUGAAAUUUGUUAUAGAUCCAAGAUGGACGAUAAAUAAACAAUUACCGACAUCAUUUUUCGUAACUAAAA